GUAGCCGGCCGAAGGGCCAAGUGUGUUCUGUGGCCGUCAACACAAAUUUGGCGAGUGCGCGCACCGGAGUGAAUGUUACGGUGUUGUUUUCGUUAUGUUUUCGCCUUAGUAGUUUUCGCUUUCUGUUUAUCCUGAAAUCUAGUCUUGCGUCAUCAACUGUAAUGUGCAUUUAAUCGUGUUUAGUAGGUAAUCAAGCGUAGAUUUGCGGUGCCAUACUUGCCUGGCGUAAAAUGCCAAACUCAGGAGUUGCAGCUUUGACAUGUGCAUUUGCAUUGUUCCUUGUCGUCAAUUUUUCUCUGCACAAAAUCGACGAAGGUCAUGUUGGGGUUUAUUACCGGGGAGGCGCACUGCUUAAGCAAACUAGCAAUCCAGGAUUUCAUAUGAUGAUCCCAUUCAUUACAACUUACCGAUCAAUUCAGGUAACUCUUCAAACAGAUGAAGUAAAAAAUGUGCCCUGUGGGACCAGUGGUGGUGUCAUGAUCUACUUCGACAGAAUUGAAGUUGUGAAUAUCUUAAGCCCAGACAGUGUCUAUGACAUGGUGAAGAACUACACCGCUGACUACGAUAAGACACUGAUCUUUAAUAAGGUGCAUCAUGAACUGAAUCAAUUCUGCAGUGUUCACAACCUCCAAGAGGUCUACAUAAACUUGUUUGACCAGAUUGACGAGAACUUGAAAACGGCCCUGCAAAGAGACUUGAAUGUGAUGGCACCUGGUCUAUUUGUGCAAGCAGUGCGGGUGACCAAGCCGAAAAUUCCUGAAACAAUCAGACGUAACUAUGAAAUGAUGGAAGCUGAAAAAACCAAGUUGCUCAUAGCUGAACAGAGGCAAAAGGUUGUGGAGAAAGAUGCUGAAACUGACAGGAAGAAAGCCAUCAUUGAUGCUGAGAAAGUGGCUCAAGUGGCUAAGAUUCAGUACACGCAGAAGAUCUUAGAGCAAGAAUCACUGAAAAAAAUGUCUCAUAUAGAAGAUGAAAUGCAUUAUUCUCGGGAAAAGAUGAAGGCAGAUGGAGAGUUCUACUCAAAGGAGAGGCUUGCAGAGGCAAACAAGCUGCUGUUAACACGGGAAUAUUUGGAACUCAAACGCUAUGAAGCAAUUGCUUCUAACAACAAGAUCUAUUUUGGCAAGGACAUUCCAAGCAUGUUCAUCAAUCAUUGCUCACAGCAAUCUGAACUUGAUGCUAAUAUCCUAGAUAGCAUCAGUGCUUCCCUGGCUGGAAAAGGAGCCAAGGGGACUGAACAGGCUGCAAAUGUAAAAUCAAUGAAGAAACUAGUGUCUGAACAAGACAGCACUGCUGCAAAGUUCUACGAGCAAGAGGUGUCAGGCUACUAAUUGCCAUUGAUUUCUGUUUGUCAGUGCUCAAGAGAGGACCAUAAUGACGGCAUUGGGAUGCUUCGGUGGACCUGUGUGUUUACAUUGUAUUUAUCAUGUUAAUAAAUGAUUGCUAUAUUUGCA